GCAUUUCCAUUCCUCAAUACUUCAUGUAAUGACAGAACAAAAUCAUGCGAACGAAAUAUUCAUCAAUAUCGCUUUAAUUUCUCAUAUCCCGAAGUUUCGAAUGCCUUUCUCCCAGAGACCCGCAAUGUGCAAAGACUUUUUCAUCCCAAAUGAUGGUUGUUAGGUAAAAGCAAGACCAAUUAUCUAAGUUUCAUUACAAGGCUACACGUCGGCCUCGUGCGUUCGGCGCCUUCCGAUAGAUGUUGGAAUCAACUUCUCGCAUAUGGAGCCAAGAUACAACAUCCCGUAGCUAUCUUAUUCGGUGGACUCCUGCAGACUCUUUAGCGACUAUACUCAGAAUUCCAUAAAGAGACCAAAGUCCCCUUGACUUCAUUCGAUUCAUUCAUCUGCUAUCCUCAUUCUUGUUGUCACUCACAUUAUACUAAUACCUAUCAAGUCUUUCAGUUACGUUCUACAAGAACACUAACGAAACAUCUUCUAUUGCAUCUUCUUACUUUCUAGACAUCAAACCAAUUUUAAACAUUUAUCAUGGCAUCGAUAGCUUCAGCAAAAUAUGGCAAGGACAAUGUCCGCGUCUAUAAAGUAGAGAGAGAUGAGCAGACCGGAACUCAAACUGUCACUGAAAUGACCGUUUGUGUAUUACUGGAGGGUGCUAUCGACGUCUCAUAUACCAAGGCCGAUAACAGUGUUGUGGUUGCAACCGAUUCCAUGAAGAACACAGUUUACAUCAAAGCCAAGGAACAUCCAGUUACUCCACCCGAGCUCUUUGCUAGUAUUCUCGGAACUCACUUUAUCGAGACCUACCCCCAUCUCACCGCAGCCAACAUCAAAAUCAUUACUCACAGAUGGACACGAAUGACUAUCGAUGGCAAACCCCACCCUCACUCAUUCUACAGAGACGGAAGUGAAACACGAAAUGUUGAAGCCGUUAUCAAGAGAGGAAAGGGCAUCGAUAUCCGCAGCGGAAUUGUUGGGCUCUUGGUUUUAAAGAGCACCGGCUCGCAAUUCCACGGCUUUGUCCGAGACGAGUACACUACACUCCCUGAGGUUUGGGACAGAAUUUUGUCAACUGAUGUUGAUUGUGGCUGGUCAUGGAAAACAUUUGCCGGAUUGGACGCUGUGAAAGAGGCCAUCCCCAAAUUCGAUAAAGCAUUUGAUGAUGCCAGAAAUAUCACCAUGAAGACGUUCGCUGAGGAGAACAGCCCAUCUGUACAAAACACCAUGUACAAGAUGUGGCGGCUCCAUUUGGAGGCCGUCCCAGAAGUCGAGACUGUGGAUUACUCCUUGCCCAACAAGCAUUAUUUCGAAGUUGAUCUCAGCUGGCACAAGGGUCUUAAGAACACCGGAAAGGACGCAGAAGUUUAUGCUCCUCAAUCUGGACCAAACGGUCUCAUCAAUGUCACCGUCACUAGAACUCCAGUCACACCAAAGCUAUAGAUUUGACGUACAUCAUGAUUUUAUGAUCGCAUAAUUUGCAUGGCACCACUCACCAUUGCUUUAUAUUGGAAAGGCGUUUUGGCAUCUCGGGUAUAGAGCGUUAGGCGCAUUUUCAGGGCCAUGUAUAUAGAUCAUGGCAGAUACCAUUUAAGCAUGGAAUUCAACUCGAUUUAAUCUCACAACAAAACAACAGUCUACCUAUGUUUUACGAAUAGUUAGCAUGUCUCAAUUUUCUCAUAUCUCACUACAUGUCCAACCCCGUCCCCCAGUAGCAGCCUUCCUUAGAUUUCUAUCUAUCAGCCAACUCGCAAGACCUCGCCCCAUACAGAUACAAAAAGCAAGGCCCCUUCGCUUCUCCUUUUCUUUUUCUGUCAAUGAAAAUGGGAAUCAUUAAAAUACAUAGAAAUUCCACAUCGUCGCAAAUUUGACGGAGCUAAACCUUUGGGAUUUCUUCGCUUCUGUUUUGAUAUUGAUUUUGACAUUGCUUUUCUUGCUACCUACCUACCGAGUAUCAGAUAGAUUUAUCUUAUUUCAUAGAAGGGAGGGGGUAUGAGAGUUUAGAGGUUAGAGAUUAGGUAGAGAUUUUAUGAAUUCCUGUCC